AUGGAUAAUGUCUCUGCCCACUCCCCAGAAUUAAACCCUCUCCUGGAGCAAUUUACGCCCUCUGCGAAAAACGCACUCAAGAGGGCAGUAUUAGUAAAGGAAGAAACACAAGACUUGAACAAGUCUACAACGACAGCAGAUAAUAGAAAAAAGCAGAAAAUGGAUGAUAUGAGCAGUGGAUCUGACAGCGAUUACGCUAAAUACUGGAUUGAUUGGUUUUUGGAGACAAAAGGAAACGAAUACUAUUGCGAAAUCGAUGAAGAAUACAUUUUGGAUCGCUUCAAUUUGACUGGAUUAAAUGUCGAAGUACAGCAGUAUUAUGCUGAAGCAUUGGAUAUGAUUACCGAUAAUUUGGACGAAGAGAGAUUUGAUGAAAAGGCAAGAGACCAAAUCGAAAGAGCUGCUCGUCAUUUGUAUGGAUUGAUUCAUGCACGUUUCGUCAUUACGACUCGUGGAUUAGCAAAGAUGCUGGAUAAAUACAAAAAGGCAGAAUUUGGCCGUUGUCCUCGUGUGCUCUGUAAUAUGCAAUCGCUGCUUCCUGUUGGCUUAUCUGAUAUUCCAGUAACGAAAACUGUCAAAUUGUAUUGUCCUCGUUGUGAAGACAUUUACAAUCCCAAAUCAUCCCGCCAUGCUUCCAUUGAUGGUGCCUACUUUGGCACCUCAUUUCCACACAUGUUAUUCCAGGUUCACCCCAACUAUUUGCCAACCAAGUCAACUGAACGUUAUGAACCUCGUAUCUUUGGCUUUAAAAUACAUCAAAUUGCUGAACAACAUAGAUGGCAAGAUCGUGCUCGUGAAGAAUAUCAACAAAAGCUAUUAAAGGCAAAGGAACAAGAGCAAGAAAAGUAA